CAAGAUGGACAUUUGUCGAAGCUCCUCAAUGGUUGUGACAAAGUAUUAGUUGAUAUAAUAAAUUCCGUCGAGGCGCGGGCACUUCUUUUAUGGCAUCUCAAUCUUGGUCAUCAACCGUUGAUCUUGCAGGGACAUAUAUCGCAAAUGAUUUGGAUCCACAACCAAAUCCAUGGUCUGCACUCACGCAGUUCUUGGACUACUAUGCGAAACAUCAGAACCAGCUGUUACGGAACAGUCAGUACAAUGGUCUCUCAAGCUAUAGAAAAACAGUGUGGACAGUCUGGGACACAACAUUGCAGAAGAUAGAGGAGAGGUACCCCAGCCGACAUUAAAGCUUUUGCUCAUAUUCCUGGGCCACUUUCCAAGUAGAUUUGUUCAAAGAGAGCUAUUGAGGCUUGCAAGUCUUCGAUUUUUUCCUGUUCAUCAUGAUAUCUUUGCAGGACAUCAAGAUUUCCCUGACUGGCU